CCUCAACCUCUACUUCCCCCAAACACUCUGUUUCCCUCCGGUUUAUAAAGUUCGUGUCACACAGUUCAGCAAGACUUGGCAGCUGCCAGUUCUUAUAUCCCAUCAGCAUGAAAACGUCCCUUGGCCUCAGCUUCCUCCUGGCUUUCUUGGACACAGGGACUUCCCUUCAGUGUGAGGUUUGUCACAGCAUGGGAAAAAGGUGCUCCGGCCCCAUGAAAACCUGUAGUGAUGGUGAAGAUACCUGUGGCGUCAUUCUACAUGAGGUCUUGAUAGGGGGGAUGGCAAUCCCUUCAUUCUUCAAGUCCUGCAUGCCAUCCAGCAUUUGCCAGCUUGACCCUAUCACCAUGAACUAUGGGAAGGUAAAAGCAAGGAGCCUCUUAGCUUGCUGCAAGGGUGACGACUGCCAGAAAAUGUCUCUCUCACUGCCACCAGAGAACAAUGUGCCGAAUGGCUACCAGUGUCCUGCCUGCUACAGUGUGGACUCCUUUCAGUGUAGUGAUGAAAUCGUUAACUGCACUGGAUCUGAAACCCAGUGUAUUGAUGUUGCUGGACUAAUGAAUUCAGGUGGACUGUCUCUAAAAGCCGCCAUAAAGGGCUGCACCACCAUUUCUGAAUGCAGUAUUGCAAAAAAUGCAAAAAGCAACCUGGGGAUGAUGGACAUAAAGUUAAGGCAAUUCCAAUGCAAACCAGCUUCUCCUUUGCCCAGAGUGAGUUCUGGGUUUGCCCCUCCAAACACCCUCUUCCUCCCAAUCUUAUCAGGAUUCAUCUUGGAGAAGGCACUUUUCUGACUCUCUAUUACCAAAUAAACCCUUGACAAACUCUAGCAGUCGUUUGUAUUGAGCCCUCUUUGCUGUGGCUUCUUCUGUGUGGGGAGUUGUUUUCAGAUUAGAUCUUCUUCUUUUAUAAUUUCACAGAAUAAAGACAGU